AUGGCCUCCGAGUUCCGUGAGUCAGCGAAAAAAAAACUGUUUAAGUUAAAGAUGGCGUUAUUAUGGUGUUUGGUGGUGUGCACGCUGGCUGCUGUGCGUGCACAGUCGAACUACGACUCCCAGGCCAACAAUAUCGAGUACCAGGGAGAGGGGCUCCCAGAGCAAACGGUUCUGGAUGGGAAGGUCACGAAGCUCGACGACUUGAGUCCUGUCAUCUUCCUGAAUAGGACCAGAGCGACGCUCAACUGCGCAGCGGGUUCAAUGCAGAUCGAAUUGAAAUUCAACGAGAAGUUCUACGGGAUCGCGUACGCCGACUUCGAUCGGCACUCGCCGUGCCAAGUGGCGGGGAAAGGCGCAAACUCCUACAAACUGGAGCUGCCGCUAAAAGGAUGCGGCACUAAACAGGAUCCUCUCAGAGUCUUCACCAACAACAUCGUGGUCCGCUUCCACCCGGGCCUGGAGAUGGACGGCGACGAGGUGAUCACCAUCGUGUGCCGCUACCCGCCACCAAUCGUGCCCAAGCCGGAAUUCAAGCCGCUCAUUUUCACACCGGAGAAAGGACCGUUGCCAGCGAAAGCACCGCUAGCCGGAACGCACAUACUGAUGAUCAUAUGCGCCAUACUUUUCCUGACGCUACUCCUUCUGGGUCUUGGGGUAUCCUACUUGUGCCUGAGACGGCGGGCCCUGCCUGCCCCAAGGCGGCUCAUCGACGACUCUUCGGCGUCUAUCGUCAGCAGGGAGAGCAUACAAGAGGUGAAAAUCCCGCGGGCGCACCCCGUGUACCCGGCGGCGGAGAGUGCAAGCGUGGCAUCGGACACGAUACCGUCCGACUACCCGUCGGAGACGCCGAGCGAGGCCGAGGCUAACACCAACCAGGCCUUCAUGAUGGACGAUUCCUACCAGAGUGAAGGGUACGGUGAGAUGCACGAGACUAGCGCCGCUAACGGGCGGUACACGCACGCAGGCAUGCAAGCGGCCGCGCAUUCGGGCGCCGUACCGCCCGCCUUCGACGUGCGCGUGAGGGUACAACGACCCCCCGCCCCGCCGUCACCGCCCUCCACCAUAACGGCCACGGAGGUGGACGGAGGGAGCAUCAGGCAUACAAUGCUUGAGGAGCACGAGAGGCAGGAGUCUGUUCGUACCGUGUCACCAGGGGCCCUUCCCCUGCCGGCGAGGGCUGCCCACGCGUCUCCCCCUGCGCGCCCCCCACGGCCCCCUGCCCUAUACUCUCAGGUCAACCGCGACCGACAGGAGUGGGUCCGACCGCCGCGCUCAAUCGUCUCUCUCAACACCGAGAUGACUGACACGCACUCUGUCACAGAGGUCACCGAUGGAUCCCAUGCGAGGAUGUUCCACAUCAAGAAACCUCCUCCGCCACCUCCUAUGAUGACUGAGCGUUUAGAGACGGAGGAACAAGAGUUAACAAUGGAGAGCUUGGAGCCGAUACCCGAAACACCGAUAAUGCCAGCCAGGAAACCGGAGAUCACGUCGCACGUGGUGGACGACGUGUUCCUGCGCACGAUAACGGAGAAGAAGACGAUCGAGGACAUAGAGCGCCACAAGCGGCUGGUGACGGAGUACAGGCAGGUGCCCGCCCCGCCGCCCCAGUUCGACGUGACCAUCAGGAACCACACGCUGCCGGAGGCGCAGUGGGAGAACUUCUCGGACAUCAGCAGCGCCUCGGGCAUGACCCUCACGCCGAAAAUGGAGAGGGUGCCGUUGUCGCUGCCGCCACAGAAGUACAUCGGUAAAGGUGGGCCAGAUCUGUUCUCUCCUGAACUGAUCAAGCAGACGGGCAAGGUGUACCAGCCGUCGUCUUCCGAUCUACCGCUACUUCCGGAACUUCCACCAGCUCGCAAUCCCCUCUACAGGGAAGAAGACGAUGAGGACGUGCCCGACCCAACUCCCGCCCCGCCGGUACCACCCAAUUGGACUGUUCUGACCAGGGUACUGAAGACCGAAGCUCAGGAUGAGGUGCUGUCAGAAACGGAGCGCUCAUACCGUCUGACGCGCGAGGAGCGUCUCCGCUGGCGGGAGCUGAUCACGCACGAGAGCACCCUGCGCAGGGAGCUGGCCAGGUCCUCCACGCGCGAGGAAUUCACCAGGGUCGCCCACGACCACCGCUUUGCGCCGCUGUACACGCCGCCCAAGUGGGAGGUCAUCAUACGCAUCCUCGCCCCGCCGCCGGACAAGCCCAAGAACCGUUACCGUAAGAAGACCGAGUGGGACUCGCGGUCGCGCCGCAGCUCGCUGCCGACCCUCUACGAGUACGACAGCGACGCGACAUCGCUGCGGGAGCCGCAGCGGUCGCGUCGCUCCUCCUACCGCAGCGACCAUGUCGACAUGAGAUCCAUGUCCGAGAUGAUGGUGGACUACGCUAGGGAGCAAGCGGACACGCACUCCGAGGUCUCAGCUGGCACCCUACUCGGCCGCUACUAUGACGACGACAGCGACAACGAGCAGCCCUUCAACCAGCACCCGUCCUGGCGGCAUUCGCUCAACCGCUCCGUGAGCCAGCCGUCGCUCGCGCGUUCCAACACCGAAGUGGUGGAGCAGUGGACCGCGCCCGACGGUGACGUCACGCCGACCCCCGGCCGCCGGCUCAGAGGUGCCCAAGGAUUGUCAACUUUCACGUCCUCCGAAGUACGAACGUUCCAAGCGUCUAGGGAAUGGAGGGAA